UCACACUCCUCUGGUAUGUAAUAAAUAUUUCUUGUAUUAUCUAAACCCCUAUACCCCAUAUACACAUCUCAAGAAUUGAUAUAUCUUUCCUGUGAUGUGAUCAUGAAACUUCAUGCUCAGCAAAAAUGAUUAUGAAAUGCCAUUUUAAGUUCGAUUGUUACUGCCAAGUGUCAAAACAAGCGAAACAAAAUGUCAAUAUAAAAUUUAUAUCCUCCUACGUACGUCCAGCGACGGCGAAGUCUAUAGUAUUUCCAUAGCUUCCAGAAUGCCGUCUAGUUCUCCAGGACACCGGACUGCAAAAAAAAAAAAGAAAAAAAGAAGAAGAAAUUGAACUUUAAUCAAAGUAGAGCAUUGCCACGCAGUGUACUAUGCAGCGGGUUGACAUGUCUCUCUAUGAAGCAUUGAGUGGUCCUAAAAAGUCCGUUCUUUUUUUUCUGGUAACAUGUCUUGCGCUGAAGUGCAGAAUGGUCAGAGUUCCGUGACAUUUAAUCGAACGCCAUCAUCGACGUUUCAUCGACAUGGAACCGACAUUUCAUGACGUUUCAUCGAAUUGGCGGCCGCCGCUUUUUCUUGCGGCAACGUGUGAAAUACGUAAAAGGCUCGUCAGACUGGUCAGGUGUCGAUGAAACGGCAUUCGAUGACACCAGUGGCCAGAGGUCAGCAUCCGAAGUGGACACGUACUGCCUUUACUCCUGGAAUGCAGAUGGCACAAGCAAAGUGGAACUGCAUGUACAAAAUUGAUCAUAAGAAGUAAGCGACCCCGCAGAAGCGAUGUUCACAAACCUAGCUUGUUCGGUGCUGUUCCACAGCUUGUGCAAGGGUUAUUUUCACUGUACGUGGCUAAACAUGGCGACAGGCCUUCCACAGCUGCUGCUAUAGUUUUCGGCGCUCCUGAAUGCUUCGACAUCCAGCGUAUCCAGUUGAAUGAGAUAACAUGAGUCUGCCAUGAAAUUGUUCAAAGUCUUGACACAUUGGAUUUAAGAAAUUGAUAAGACGCAUGUAAUAGCUGAGUAACAAACAGAACCUUUUGAAGCGGGCAGCAUUUGCUGGAGAUGUAGGGGUCUUGGAUAACAUAGACCGACGACGGACGAAGUGCAUGGACACAGAUAGGGACUUACAAACGAAGGCUGCCCGCUUCACGGAUCCAGCAGCUCGCUUGCAUUUCACUGUUUUGUGCUUGGAGAAUCUACUUGCAAAAGGGUACAGGAGCAAUAAGUAGCCUGACGAAAUGGCGUUGUACCGUGACAAAAUGGGAUGUACCUAUAGUCUUAGCAUAGGAAAAAGAGGGAAAGGAAAGGUAGCAAGCUGGUCACAAACUGGGAACAAAGUCAACCGAGAGCAAGUGUUACAAAAGGCGUCGGUAAGCUGGAUGAAUAGCCACAGAGCAGGGGCCGGUGCUAGGGGUGUGCGGGGCCUGAGACAAAGGCACAUCGCGGGGCCUGUUUCACACGAUUAAGUGUAUACUUGAUAUUUAAAAAAAAGGUAAUCCCUGGUUGAGGGCUUCGUGCGCGGGGCCAAACGCGGUCGCUUUACGCCCCCCGCGCAAUCGCCGGCCCUGCCACACAGGCAUCACUAACACAGUUUCCCGCAUUGCAGAUUGCCAAAGUCUGCCUCAGAAGUUGCCUUCUGAGAGAGGCUUUGGCAAUCCGAAUUCCUUUGGCAAUUAGAAUUAACUCGACAACAACGUAACGAAUGUGUUUCCUACUGCUCUUGGCGCGGGACACCAAGUAGGUCGAUCAAAAGCCAUUGUCUGCGUCAUAUCGCUGGUUUCUGUGAUCAUCAAGCCGACAUCGUCAACCGCUGUGGGAUGUCGGUCGCAAGUUGGCAUUGUCAGAGUCAUCUCGCUGCUGUCGGUCAACAUCAAGCCGCCACUGCUAACUUCUGCUGGAUGUCGGUCGGAAGUUGGCAAUGUGGGCCACAUGUCACUUGUUUCGGUCAACACCAUGCCAACAUUGCCAACUUCAACGUGAUAUCGGUCGCAAGUUGGCAUUGUCGGCUACAUGUCGCUUGUUUCGGCAAACACCGAACCGACAUUCCUAACUUCAACGUGAUAUCGGUCACAAGGUGGCAGUGUCGGCGUCAUGUUGCGUUUUUCCGUCAACAUCGGGCCGACAUUGGCAACUGUCUUAUAUCCGUGGGACACCCGGCGUACUAUGGAGGCUAUGGUUUAUCGAACCAAAGAUCCUUCCCAUCUUGACAAGUGAGACACCAGUACAGGCGCAAUAAAUAUUUAUCAAGAGAACAAUGAAAACAGGAAUGGCGACUAUACAUUAUCGUCACUCAUCAAUUUCUGUGGCCCACUGUGCUUGAUGAUCUUGUGGCGUAGCCCUGAUUUGCGACUGAGCAGAAAAAACACGUCACUUUAUUUCCACUUCUGAUUCAUUCCUCAGACGCUUUCAGACAUAUGUCGGCACAGUUCCCUUAGAAGUCGGCCCAGGACGCACAUUCCCCCAGGGCGUGAGUCGUGACGUUGCCCACAUACGUGAGGCCGACAACGGCAAGCCCUAUCACCACCACCACCACCACCACCACCACCACCAUCUCAUUCAUUCACUCAUGCCCACAAUCAUCGCCAACACCUGAAGCACGUGCCUUUCAGCCUAAUCCAGGUCGGAAACGUUCGAUCCAGUGCCGCCUCACUCGCCCAUACUUGUUUAUCGUGUCACGGUUCUACUGGCUCCGUUCCCCGUCAAACCUGUAGUAUAUUGCCGCAUGAUAACCACCGAACCAUCGCUCCCCCAUGUCGUCAUCCCCGAAAGAAGAGUCUAUGUCCCCGGAACUGCCCACGGGUAUACAAGAGAUCUCCGGCGAAUAUGCUACGGGCACCCUCUUCAACUCUGGCCUGUCCAAGGGCCCAUCCACGAGCACAACGACGAGCAAUGUACGCAACAAAAUAUCCUCCGCAGAUGCCGAAGAACAGUCCCCUGCGGCGUCCAGGCCUGCAAUCAAUCCCAGGAUCGCCCUCAUCACUGCCGCACUCAUGGGACAUUCAAUCUACAAAUCUAAAAUCUUGCGACUGUGCAUGGCUCUCUCUGGAAUAUCGAUCGUGACGGCAGCCUUAGCCUUUAUCGCCGUCAAGUACAUAAAGGACAGCGUCAAGCCUAACGUAGAUUCUAAUACUGAGGUGCGUAACGAGACCACCACCGCAGGAAACAUCGAAUCCACCCGUGGGAACCGAAGCAACGCAUCUCUUCCGCUCGCAAUCUUCAACCAGAUGGAACAUGGGGAGACGGUAUAUGUAUUCGACCUCGACUAGGCCGCUUUUCACAAAUCGUUUCAAUAGUAAUUGUAAAUGAGAAAAUGGGAAGGGAAUGUCUUUCCGUAGUUUUGUGCGAACAGUUUGUUUCGUUUUCUUGUAUAGCAUUCAGUCAUGUAUCACGCCGUCUGCCAGGCCUCUUACACUUGACAAAGCCGAUUGGACCAAGACAUAUACAUAUGUAUUUGCUCAGCAAUACAAAAUGCUUAAUAACGUUA